AAGAACAAACAUACCCAUUUUUUCUCUACAAACAAAGAAUGAUGCAUAAUGUUUGGUCUCCUUGUUUACUUUCACUACUUCUCAUCUUCUUCUUCAUCGCCUCCACGGCCACAACCACGACCACGACCACGACCUCUUUCUCUCACCAUGAUGGACAUGCAUCCAGAACAGAUGAUAUUAAUAAGUCUUCUAAAGCAAAGGUGACACCAAUGCUAGCUAAGGCCGCAGAGGCGUUAAAGAGGAUGAAUAAUGCAAAAAGACAAACUUCACUAAAAAAGUCGUUUUCAAAGGACAAUGUUGUUGUUACUAGAUGCGACUAUAACAAUGUAGCAAAGGUUUCAUCAAAAUCAAUACCUACAUUAGUAAAUGAAGCUUCAAUCACUAAAGAAAGAUGUCAAAAGAUCGGCAGAAAACUUAUACCAGGACAACAAGAUAUGGAUGCUUUUGUAACUUAUGCUGAUUAUCGUGGACCGCAGCGCCAUCCACCAAAGAACAACUAAGGAAAACUAAGAAGUAAUUAUGUAAUACGGAGUAGUAACUACUCGAUACCUUGUGACUUGGAGGUCACAAGUUCAAGCCCCAUCAACUGCAAAUGCUUGGGAGUGGCUCAAGCGAUGACCUGUGGAGCUGGGCUGGUUAACCUGUGCUAGGUGCUGGUUCAGUAGGGUCCCUUCUUCUUACCUUAAAAAAAAAAAAAAAAAAAACUACUCGAUACAAGUUUAUAUACGUAUUAUUUUUCUUUUGGAGUACGGAGUAGUAACUACUCGAUAGUCGAUACAAAUCUAUAUACGUAUUAUUUUUCUUUUGGGUUUUUUUUUUUUUUUUGACAUCGAUUUUUUCUUUUGUUAGUUGCAACUUUUGGUGUUGUAUACCCCAAAAAAAGAAGGGGAAAUAAUAUAUAUUGCACUCUUUAUUUUUAUUUAUAUUUUUUUUGUACUAGUUUUAUCUUUUGUAAUACUUCCUCUGUCCCUUAAUACUCGCACCGUUUUAACUGGACACGC